AACUAUAGGGAAGCUGGAACCAUCUUACGUUAUUCGGAAAUUCCUGGAUGCUCAGCGUAUCCACAACCUCACUGCUUAUCUGCAGACGCUCCAUCUGCAGUCCCUGGCCAAUGCAGACCACACUACGCUUCUGCUGAACUGCUAUACCAAACUCAAAGACAGCUCCAAACUGGAGGAGUUCAUUAAGACGAGUGAGAGUGAGGUCCGCUUUGAUGUGGAAACGGCGAUCAAGGUGCUUCGUCAAGCGGGUUACUACUCCCACGCUGCAUACCUGGCAGAGAAGCAUGCACAUCACGAAUGGUACCUCAAGAUCCAACUAGAGGACAUCAAGAAUUACCAAGAGGCUUUGUGCUACAUUGGAAAACUGCCUUUUGAUCAGGCGGAGAGUAACAUGAAGCGAUAUGGCAAAAUCCUAAUGCACCACGUCCCUAACGAGACCACGGAAUUGCUAAAGAUCCUUUGCACUGAUUAUCGGCCAUCGGGACACAGUGAAGGCCCUGGGAUGCUGGAAGGAAAAAAGGCUAAUUCAGAGGAGUUCAUUCCAGUCUUUGCAAACAACUCCCGAGAACUGAAAGCUUUUCUGGAGCACAUGACUGAGGUGCAGGCUGACUCUCCACAGGGUGUCUAUGACACUUUACUGGAACUUCGACUUCAGAACUGGGCACAUGAACAAGAUGAGCAGAUUAAGGAGAAGCUGCACAGUGAAGCCCUAGCCCUCUUGAAGAGCGGAAGGUUCAAGACAGUCUUUGAUAAGGCCUUGGUCUUAUGUCAGAUGCACAAUUUCAAGGAUGGUGUCCUCUAUCUCUAUGAGCAGGGCAAACUUUUCCAACAGAUUAUGCACUAUCACAUGCAGAAUGAGCAGUACAAGAAGGUGAUUGAGGUGUGCGAGCUCUAUGGAGACCAAGAGGCUUGUCUCUGGGAACAGGCUCUCGGCUACUUUGCACGGAAGGAGGAGGACUGCAAAGAGUACAUUGCUGCGGUGCUAAAACACAUCGAGAACAAGAAUCUUAUGCCUCCCUUGCUUGUUGUGCAGACGCUGGCUCAUAACUCUACAGCCACCCUGUCUGUGAUUAAGGAUUACCUUGUCAACAAGCUGCAGAAGCAGAGCCGUCAGAUAGAACAGGAUGAGCAGAGAAUUCAGAAAUACCGAGAAGAAACUACAAGGAUCCGUCGGGAAAUUGAAGAGUUAAAAGCAAGUCCCAAGAUCUUUCAGAAGACCAAGUGCAGCAUUUGCACCGGUGCCCUGGAGCUGCCUUCAGUGCACUUCCUGUGUGGUCAUUCCUUCCACCAGCAUUGCUUUGAAAGCUACUCUGAGAGUGAUUCAGAAUGUCCUACUUGCAUGCCAGAAAAUCGCAAAGUGAUGGACAUGAUCCGAGCCCAGGAGCAGAAGAGAGAUCUGCAUGACCAGUUUCAGCAUCAGCUCAAGUGUGCCAACGACGGCUUCUCCGUGGUUGCCGACUACUUCGGUCGAGGCGUCUUCAACAAGCUCACCCUCAUCACGGACUUGCCCCCGGGAAAGGCUGCUACCACGAUUGAGGCCGGCCUGCAGCGGGAGCUGCUCCUCCAUGCCAAGCGCAGCACCUGAGCCGAGGCCGUCCCGACCGCGCCCCUCUCG